AGUGGCGUUAGCACAGGUGUCAGACAUGCUCAUCCGUGUCCUCCAGAAGCGUGAGAGCACGUGCUUCUGCAGUGCCAUCGUGCCUCUGUAUGCCACGUAUUUAUUGUCUUGAUGCAGACGAGGUUGAGCUGACUGAGAGCCAAGAAUGAAUGGGGACAUCAUCUUUCGAGUGGGAACGAGAAAAAGCGAGGUCCUGGCGCUUAUCCAGACAGGCUGGGUUUUGGAAGAACUGAAGAAGGAACAUCCCCAUCUGCGUUUUAUAAUCAAAAAGAUAACAACAACAGGAGAUCAGAUCUUGGACCGUGCCCUUUCAAAGAUAGGUGAAAAGAACCUUUUCACCAAGGAACUUGAAGUUGCCCUUGCCAACAAUGAAGUGGAUUUUGUUGUUCAUUCACUCAAGGACAUGCCUUCCAUGCUACCAGAAGGAAUGACAAUUGGUGCUGUUUGCAGGAGGGAAGAUCCAAGAGAUGCAGUUGUCCUUCAUCGCAAAUGGGAGAGUGUGAAGGACCUAAAUGAUCUUCCUCCUGGAAGCAUUUUAGGUAAAAGUUGCCUUCUCAUUACUAAUCAUAGCCAGAAAGUCUUAAAAUGUGCUCAUCUUGCUAUUUCAGGCACAAGUAGCAUGAGGAGAAGUGCCCAGUUCAAAUACCUUCAUCCACAUCUUCAGUUUGAGAACAUUAGAGGAAAUCUGAACACAAGACUGAAGAAACUGGAUGAAGGGGAUAUGUAUGCUGGGCUUGUGCUAGCUGUGUGUGGAAUUGAGAGGAUGGGACUUGCUCAUCGAAUCAAUGUAUCAACUUCCUUCUCUUCACAGUACUUGGGAGAGGAGGAAUGUCUAUAUGCAGUCGGACAAGGUUCUUUGGCAGUAGAGUGUAGAAAAGAUGAUGUGGCUAUUCUGAAACUUCUUUCCUGCAUCAAUGAUCGUGCAGCAGCUCUUCGCUCCAUCGCUGAACGUUCCUUGCUGCAUGCAUUGGAGGGAGGCUGCUCUGUACCUGUUGCUGUGGCAACCCGGUUUGAAGAAGAUUACCUCAUAUUGCAUGGGGCUGUGUAUGAACUUGAUGGUUCCAAACAGGUCCUUGGGCAUGAUUCAUCCAGGAUCCCAGGACAAAAAAAUACAUCUAAAUGUCAGGGUUACUGUCUCUCUUCACCAAUGGAUGUAGAAGAAAUUUUUGAAAUACAAAGUUGUAGUACUUGUAGCUGCACCCUUAGCAGGGGAGAAUAUAGUGGAGUAGCAGUGAGCAUGUUCUCCUCACAAGAAAUGGCCAAAGCUCAAAUGUUAGGUGCUCGAGUUGCCAAUAUUCUAAUGGAGAAAGGUGCCAAACCUCUUCUUGAUCAUGCAAGGGCUCAAGCAAAACCAUCUUAG